AUGGUAGUACAUAGUUUUUAUGUAAUUAAUCGAAGUGGUGGUUUAAUAUUUUCUGAUGAACAUUUCAUACCAAAAAUUGAAUUAGAAAAAACAUUUAGUUAUCCACUUGAUUUUGUUUUAAAACAAGGUCAAAAAGGUGUUAACGUUGAAUUUGGUCAACGUGAUGGAAUUAAAGUUGGUCAUACAAUUUUAUCUAUAAAUGGUGUACCAGUACAAGGAAACUUUAUUGAUUUUUCUGCACCAUCAACAACGGCCAAUGAUGAUGAUCAACAAAUAUCAACAUCAACAAGUCACGAUAUUAUUAGUUAUCUGUCUGAUUCAACAAAUUAUCCAGUCACAAUAAAAUUUGGACGAACAAGAUUAAAUAGUAAUGAAAAAUUAAUUCUUGCAUCAAUGUUUCAUUCCAUGUAUGCAAUUGCAUGUCAAUUAUCUCCUGAACUUAAUUCCAGUGGGAUACGUGAAUUAGAAACAGAUCAAUUUAAACUUUAUUGUUUUCAAUCUAUAACUGGUAUUAAAUUUGUUGCAUUAACAGAUACACGACAAGCUAAUGUUGAUGCUUUAUUAAAACGUACAUAUGAAUUAUAUAGUGAUUAUGCAUUAAAAAAUCCAUUUUAUUCAAUUGAUCAACCAAUUUGGUGUCCUUUAUUUCGACAAACAGUUCAACAGGCUAUGGAUUUAUUAGAAAAAACUGGUUCACCUUAUACAUAA